GGCGAGUAGCGCAGGCCUGUCUAAUAUGUAAAAAAUAUAGUUGAAAAAGAUUGUAAAUAGUUUACAAACAAUUAAUUAUGAAGCAUACGUUAAAAAUAUUGAUAUCAUGUUUAAUACAAGUUAUUUAUUAAUUAUAGUGAUAAUUUAAAAAAAAACAGGAAAUUUUGCUCCAUGUACGAUAAUUCUACGCUACUGGUACGAUAGUUGCCUUGCUUCAAGUUGUGAACACUGUUGCUAACAGCGCAUUCAGAAUUUCAUAUAGAGUCAAAGAAUAAGGUCUUUAUAGGAAUAUCUCGUAAAAUUUUACGAGCUUGCAUUUCGAACUGUCAAAAGUCUUUGACGCAUGCGUUUUAAAAUUAAGUCCUACAGUACGCAUUAAAGUGACUUUCAAUGUUUUCAUCAUCAUCAGCCUAUUAAUGUCCCCACUGCUGGGGCACAGGCCUUCCCUAUGGAUGGAAUAGGAAGAUUGGGCCAUGACCCACCACGCGGGCCCAGUGCGGAUGGGUGGGUGCUAACGACUGCAAAUGCAGCCGGGACCAACGGCUUAACGUGCCUUCCGAAGCACGGAGGAGCUCGAGAUAGUAAAUUUUUGGUCACCCAUCCAAUGACCGACCACUGCGAAAGUUGCUUAACUUCAACGAUGGCAGCCGAACGCGCUAGCCACCUGUGCCAUCGAGCUCCUCGUUCAAUGUUUUAAAUAAUGCCUUUUAUGGUUUUUGACCAGGGGGAUUAUCUUACGGAUAUCCGUGGAUCGUACAAUGUACGUUUUGGACACGUUUCGCCACGAUUUUGUUCGUGUUGUAGUAUCUAACUACACAAUCAUGCGUGUCUAUAAUCACUCAUCAUUGGCCAUUGUGAAGAGGGGACAGGCCAUAACGUUUACAAAGACGGUGGCCGCACCGGCGCGUUCCAAUUUUGGCCACAUUCAACAAGAUCUUGGUCGCACUGUAGUCUGUGUGACAUAGAGUAACUUGACUUGAUUAAUAGGUAGUCUCCCUCUUGUCUAUAGUCUAGUCUGAAUUAGUCUGUGACUUUGUGUUUGUGCGAUUGUUUUAUCUGGCUGGUGACUGAUUUUAGUUUUAGUUUACGAUAAAUUUCAUAAUUUACUUUCAAACAGUACUUUUGUACAUCAGAAAUUAACUUUUUAGUAUCAUUGCAAAACAAAUUUGAAUACUGUAAUGGGAAAUAGUAAUAAAAAUUUUAGUCUGAACAGUUUGUUUACGUUGUCGCGAUAAAUGUUAUCGUACCCAUGAUGUUGAAGUUUGUAAUUCUUAAAAACAAACAUUUGUUGGUGUUUAUUUAGUUGACAAUAAAAAAUGUGUUUGAGAUGAACAUAGCUUAUUCAUAUUUGAAUACAAUACGAUUUAAUAAUUAUUUUGACAAUGGAGGGGCCUGGGAUGAGUUUGUUCCAAGGAGCACCCAGCAUUCACAUAAAUAACAGUGCUCAAGAUAGACUUGAAGAGCAAGAAGAACUCGAAGACGAGAAGAGACGUAAUGAAGAGCUAAAACACAAGUUGGCCAAUGCAUUUGAUGACCUAUUAGAUGAUGACGAAGCAAGCUCUGUCAACAGCAGUGGUAACUUUACUUUGGAUGUGGGGCAAAAUGGUGGGCAACAGAAUGCUAGAACUGGUUUGCCUCCUACUUAUGUGGAAUCAUUAAAUCAUUUAAAAGAGCAGGACACUCCUAAAGCUUACUGCGAAACUCCUAAAAGCAACUCUCAAUUGAGGCAACAAGAAGAACCUCUUAAAUUGCCUUUCAGUCCCUAUGGGGCUGGUGAUGGUCAGAACCAUUAUUUUCAGCCAGAGUUCAGAGUUCAUCUUAAUGGCAUCAACAACAACAAUUUUGAUGCCAGACAAGAGUAUACAAAUAACGAACAAAUGAAAGUUAUGUAUGAGAUGCGUUUAAAAGAGUGCCAGCAAUUAGCCGAGCAAAUGCAGAAAUUCGACAUGGAAGUAGACAGUCUGCGUGCUCGGCUCGCCGCUGCCAUCAACGACAAGGACAAAUCAGAACUGUCACUGCAGGAAGCUCAUCAUUUGCUUGCAUCAACCAAGCACAAAUUGAUAGAGUUGGAGCAAGAAGUGAACUCGUUGACCACCAAGUUAGUUGAGAGCGAACAAGAGAAGGAUCAACUGAAACUGGAGCUCCGGUCUGCCAACAUGAGCUUACAAGACGUUCAGCAAAGGCUGCACAUUAUGCAGGUUGCCCAUACACACGAUACAGAUGCGCUUUUCAGAGAACAACAGGACAGGCAUAGAGAAGAGGUGGAUAGGUUGCAGAACGAUCUAUUGAAAGCGAAAAACAGACUGGAGGAUAAAGAGAAGGAUAUAAAAGUGUUAGAGAGGCGAUGUAAAGACAUCGAGAGAGAGAAGGGUGACAUCAUAGUUGAGAAGGGUGCGAUGGUGAAUCGGUUAGUGAAUGAACUCGAAGCGGCUCAGAGGAAACUUGUUAGCGGUGAAACUGCCAAACUUAAAGAGAAGGUGGCACAACUUACAACUGAAAGGAACACUUCGAGAGAACAAGUUAAGGAAUUAGGGUCGAAACUGGAGAUAACUGCACACGAGCUGGUGCUGUGUAGAAACAAAAUGGCCGCCAUACAAAAGGAAUACGACAAUUGGCGAAUUACCCUACAACAAAUGUUGGCCGAAGUAUUGCCGGACAAUACAUACUUAGGAGAAACACCAUCACCGGGCAAACUGACAACUCUCAAGGAAGUCUUAGGUCGGUACAGAAUACAAAUGCAGAAGUUGGCAACACUGCAGGAGGAUGUUACAAAACGCGAUAAAAAACUGGAGCAGCACAGGAAGCAAGAGUCCGAGCUUCGAUCCAGAUUGGAAGAACAGAAAGGCAUAGAGUUGCAACUGAAUUCUAAAAUAGCUGUGCUACAGAACAAACUGGAGCUGCUCGGCAGCAAUAGUGACAGCGAUCUGGUGGAAAACUACAAGUUGCAAAAUGAUCGAAUUCAAGAACAAUUGCUCGAACUCAGGAGUGAACAUAAAAAGUUGGACUUGAAGUACGCGGAACUCGAAUUGGAAUACGACAAACUGAAAUGUGAGAAAGGCAGUCGCGCUUCAUUGGCGCAGGAAGCUAAUGCAGAUUUAUUGCGAGAACUUGAACGUUGCGGGGAGAAACUGAAGGAUACACUCAGGGAGAACGGGGAACUGAAGAACUUGUAUCUGCAGGCAUGCAGUUCCAGAGACACUAUAUCAAGGGAAUUGAAAGACUUGCAGAGUAGGAUUAACGGUGAGAAGGAGAUGUUCAAAUCGCAGGAGAAAGAGUAUGUGGAACGAAUAGAGAAUGAGAAGAGACAGAUACAGAAGUUGAGUGCGGAGUUAAGUAGUUGUAAGACAGAAUUGGAGAAUGCAAACAAGAGGAUAUCCGAGUUGCAGAAAGACUUCACUGACAAACAAGCUGAGUUCAGCGACAAAUUGAACAAAUAUCUAGAAGAAGAGAAAAAAUCUCUGAGAAAGGACAUAGAAGCGUGUGGCCAGUGCGAAAAGUAUGUGAAACGCAUACGACAAUUGGACGAGCAGUUGAGCAAAUUCAGCGUCAAAUUAGCCACACAGGAGAGCAACGAGGAACUAAUGAAGGAAUUACGAGGCAAAGCGGAAUUCUUCCAAGGGUACAUAAUGGAGCGAUACAACAAGCUUCGAGAACAACGCACCGUCGCCACCAACACUUCGCCCCCUCUCAGCCGCACGCAUUCGCCGUCUCGCUCGCACACUUCGACACCCAAUUCCCCAACUAAGUCCACCCAUGAUGAUGAAAUGGAUCAGUUGGUGCAGGACUGCGACGACGCUUUAGCCGCUAAGACCGCUUUGAUGAUGAAAGAGAAAGCUAUAAGGGAGCACAUAGCAGAAAAAUUCACUCUAGAAAUGAAAACUAUGGAAAUGAACUGCGCACGAAGGAUCAAAGAGAUGGAGAACGAACACUUGAGCGCUUUGAGCAAACUCAAAGAACUACUAGAACGUAAAGCCCAAGAAGUGGAAACUCUAAAAACGUUCAUUCUAUCCGAAAGAGCGAAAGUGACGCAGAUAUUGGAGGCGAAAGAGAACGAAAUAUCUGUGCUGAUCAAAGAGCAUAAUUCUCUGCAAGCGGACUUGCAAAAAGCUAGUGACAACAUCGCCGAAUGGCGGUUGAAAUCUGAAAGGUAUAAGGAGAGAAUAUCCCGGCUGAAUUCUUUGGAAGACGUUAUCAAACACGAAAGAGAGGUCAAUAAUAGUUGUGCCAAAGAAUGUCAAGCGAUGAAAGGCAAAGUGGUGGAAUUACAAGCUAAAUGUACGCAGUUGGAACGCAAAUAUGAGAAGCUGCAGUCGGAACAUGGCAACUUGCAGGACAAGUAUAGGAGUGUUAAGAAAACGGUGAUCACUUACAAGGACUACAUGACAAAGAAGGACGCGCACAUUAGCAAUGAGAUGAACCGCAUACAAGACGAGUACCGCAAGAUAUUCCUGAAACUUCAGAACCAGAUCAACUACCACGUCAACUGCAGAAUACAGGAGGAGAGGAACAACGGCAAACCUGUCGAAGCUGUGCAGUAUCAACAGGGAGAUUAUAGCGAAAGACUGAAGAAACUGAACGAAGACUUCGCACAGCUGGCUCAGUCGCGAUUCAAGGAAUCACCCGAUAAAUGAAUAGCUAUAUUUAUUACUUUAUUCGACUACUCUCUCACUCUCACACAAUGUCAUCCAGGUAACUUCGACAUUAGGUUUAAGCCAAGACUAACUUUAGUCCGCAUACUGAAAAGAGGCGGUAAGUGUCCAAUUUCAGAUAAAUGAGACAUUAACCUAACAACAUUACGCAACUAUCUUGGCGUUGGCUAUCGUAUUGCUAAUUAAUUAUAUUUUAACAGCUGUAACAAAAUAUCUUUUCCCGUGCGCGGCACGUAUUCGUAUCUUUCGCACCGUAAUCAAAGUCUUUCUUUCUCUUUCGUAUUCAAUAGGGAAUUUGACAAUGUUUAGAAAAUGAUCUGACGACAUUUUUAAUUCUGUUGUGUAAUACAGUAAAAAACCUUAACUAAGAAUUCUAUUUUCAAGUUGCCGCGAAUACGUUUCUCUAGACAUAUGGUAUGGGUGUAUAUAUAUUUAGUGAUUUUCUAGAAAAGUUAUUAAUUAUUUUCUUCUUUCGGAAUUGUAAAAUCGCUGCUAAUAUUCGUAUUAAAUACAGAUGCCAACAAUAGACUAGUUGACUCAUGUCAAAUUGCACUAUACAAAUGUUUAUUUCUUAUAAUUUUUGGUAUGAGGAACCUAAACUGUUAUAAAGUGUUACUGUACUGACUAAAAUAUAUCUAAAAACUCUUAUAUCUUGAAGAAAAGUUUCCGUUUAUUGGUUUUCUUGGCUAAAUUAAUGCUGGACGCCGGAUUUGUGAAAGCAGAAACGACAAAACUCCUUGACUUAGCAGGUACAUUCAUAACCUUAAUAAUUGAAACCACAACAUUUCUGGAGUUUUUAACGAUGUGUUUCUUUAUUCUCGUAUAAUACAAUCAUGAUAAUAACUAUAUUUAUCAUGAAAUCUAUUAGAAAUCAUGGUUUUGUAAUGUAAAUUCAGAUAGUUUACUAUUGUUACCGUCAUACCAUAGAUAUAAUCUAUAGACUAAAAUGGCCGAGAGCGUUUUUGUAUGUCCAUGAAAAAUCUAUUUUAAAAUUAAAGUUUUGUAGCUUUCUAGGUAAAAAAAAUUACAAUAAUUUUUUUUUGAUCUAAUUGAUCAAUUAUUAACCAUUUAAAACAUAUUUCCAAAAAGUGUCAACUAGCCUAUUGUUACAUUAUUUUUCAUACUGUCAAAUAGCCUAUUGACAUUGAAUCUUACUGCCACGACAUAAGGUGUUAAUUUGAACAAAAGUGUUAAUGUUAUCAGUAUAUGUUUAUGUAUAUGUAUAACUCAGCGCCACUCGGACGUUUUUUGGUGCACUUUUAUAAGCCGAUUGGCAGUCUACUUGUUUAUAUAUUUCAAUCCAAUUUCAUAAUUAAAAUAACCCCAUUAAAAGACCUAAGUUACUAGGAAUCUCCGUCCAAAUGUAUGGACAAUAACUGUAUUAUCAGUAGGAAGAAGCUUAUAAGAAUAAGUGUUUAUGACCGGCCGCACUCAGAGACGUCAAUUAAAUGUAAUGCUUGUCAAUGGAAGCCAUGUCUUAAUCAAACUUUAAAAUUAAUAGAAGACUGGGUGCGUGUUAAACUAUUAUAGCUGUUUCCACUUAGCAUGGUUGAUGAAUACUAAGAUAUUUUGUGUGUGUCAUUAAAUAAAUAUAACAUUAUUUCUUACUACACUUUAGACGUGACUCGGUUAGCGUGGAUUUUAGAAUCCCUUUAAUAGCGAUGAAAAUUCCAGAAAAUGCCUUUUUGUGAAUUCCAAAGCUAGCAAAUUUCGCGACCGCCAUAAAAAACCAGCAACAAUGAAACGCAUAUUGUAAUGUGCCAGGAUUUGUCCUCUAUUCCUUAUUGAAAAGUCGGUUUUCCCACAUUGAUUUAAAGAAUACGUGACAUUGUGAAAACUGAUGUGUAUCCUUACUUCCGUCUGUCUGUCUGUUACCUCUUCACAAUGAAACCACUAAACCGAUUUAGAUGAAAAAUAUAGUUUGAAUUCCGGAAAAGGACAUAGGCUAUUUUGUAUCCUAGAAAGCCUUUUGAGCAUGUGAAAGGAGGGAGAGGGGUAGAAUUCUGUAAGGGAGACCAAUUUUCCACCCGCAAAUAAUACAUUAGUUUUGGAAUAUUUCCUUACAGAUUUCAAAGAUCAAUUUGCUGUCUAAUACAAAUGUCACUAACCAUGCUAUGUGGAAAACACCUAGAAAUGUGGUUACUUCCCUUAUGAUAAGUCAAUGUGUACAAUGAACAGCCCAUUAAUUACCAUAUUGUGUAAAAAAAUCCCAAUGGAAUGUGUAUUUCAUAUCAAGCAUAAUAAAGCUCAAAGUCAGUUGAAGACAUUCGUCAGUUUUGGGUAACAUGAACUGUACCCCUAGCACGAACCAUUAUCGAAUUCGAAUAGUUUGCGAGUGCGAAGACAUUUUUGUAUGGAAACUUGAACAGCAGUGUCACAAAGUAUGUAACGAGAACUAAAAAUCAGUACACAUUUGACAAUGACAUUUCGGACUCGCAAACGUUACGAAUUCGAUAUUGAUUCGUGCUAGUGGUACUGUCGUUUAUUGUAUUUUCCUAUCGUUCGAGAACUUCGAUGCUCAUAUUGUCUCUUUCGGUUUACAAAGGUAGAAAGAGACAAUUAAAUUCGCUUCAACUUAUAUUGGAGACGAAAUUUACAAGUGUACUUAAUUAUAAGUUUUUAAUUCAUAUAAUAUUUGAAUAAAUAACUUUGAAAAACUGAUGCAAUUAUAAAAAUAAAGACUGUAAAGAAGCUCAUAACUCUCUUUACAAAACGAUCAAUAAAGUUGAACUCCGUCUAAAAUAAAAAUAAUACUGUCACCUCUGUUGGCUAAAGACAAGAUAGAGACGGCACUAUGUCCAAACCAAGUCCAAUUUUAGCGUACGCUUUGUAAUUGAGGUGGUGUUUAAAAUCGCAACUGUCCCAUAUUUUAUAUCAGUACAGUGCGACUAGGAUCUUGUUUCGCGUUUCCGAAGCAGAAACAAAUUUCGUGAACCGAUUUCCGUCUGCUGCCUGGUCCACGUGGAUUUUUUUCUAGUACAAUUUUCUUUAGAUUUAAACAAAUAGCAGUUAAAUGCUUAUAUAAUUAAUGAAGUUAUUAAGAAGCCUUUUAUUUGUAGAGGAAGCUGUUAAUCAGCCUUUUAUACUUCCUGUUACUCUUACCAAGUUAGGGGCCAUUCAUAAAGUACGUCACACGUUAAUAGGGAGAGGGGGAGGGGGGUCUUAAGUUUCGUGACGUCACAUUUCAAAAUCUAAUACCUACUUUUGAACUAUUAUCAAAAAUCUUUAAAAUAUGUAGAUCUCUAUCUAUAUGGGGUUUUAUUUGUUAUGUGACGUCACACUAGGAAGGUGUGACCAACUGUGACAAGGACGGGGGAGGGGUAAAAAAAUCAUGAAAUUAGUGUGACGUACUUUAUGAAUGACCCCUUUUGUAAAUUAUUAGUGAAGAGAUUUUACGUAGGUACAAAGUAAUCCUUAAUUCACCACUUAUUCAUCACCAGUAGCGCCCUCCUGUCAAUGUCAUGUAAUUGCUACAAGAUCUUAGUCACACAGUACCUAUAGUAUUUUAAUUGAUACUGACUGAAGUUAUACUCUAUGAUCAUUCCAUAGAUAAAAACCUUAAAUGCAGCUGUGAUAAUGUGGUAUACACCCCGGCAAACUUCUUGAGCAACGACCACAGACAAGCCUGAGCAGUAGCAAUUUUACAUACAAAAACGUGUACUGCGCAAGUGUGUUUGUCUGUGGUUUUGCCCAAGAAGUUUACACGAUGUAAGUAGUGUUAAUAAACAGUAUUAAUGAAAGUUCAAAACGUUGUAUUUUACAUUCCUUCUGGAUUCCAUUUUGAAUGUUACUGCUCAUUUAAAUUUGCGACUAUUCAAUUUAUGUAAAUAUGUAAUUAAACGAAUUUGUAUUAUUAUUGCUCAAAUUGAAGCUGUUGUUAGAAUAAAUUUAAUUUGCUUUAUUUAAGUGUCAAAAUAAUGUUUUGUUGGUUAUUGGGAUAAAUGCCGGUAAUUUAUAAAUUUUGAUAGUAUUGUACAAAAAUUUAUGGCUAAGGUUUGGUACGCGAUUAUAUAUAUUUUAGAGUCUUAAAUUGUCAUACUGGCAUCGAUCCCAAUGUUGAUAGUACCUAACGAUUGCGAAAGCUAUUAUGUUUGUCAAACAAAUAUAAAAUAAAUACUAUUGUUAUUUGUAAAUAUUGUUUUAUUUCUUUGUAUAGUAUUUGGCUGGAACGAAUGGCAUUUUAGCAACAGUGCACUGCAUGUCUUUGCCUCUGACGUUUACCAAUAGUUGUGUGCCAUUCUUCUUGAAAGCUUCGGACACAUAGCCCAUUGCCACGUUACCACCCAAUGAGGGGCUCGGACAACCGCUCGUUACUCUUCCUAUCUCUUCCGAGUUCACGCUUUUGAGUAUAGCUUCUUUCCUAGCAGGAGCGCCGCUCUCCAUUCUUAUCCCGACUCUUCUCUUACUGACUCCUUCUUUUAUCUGACGCAAUAUUACAUCAGCCCCAGGGAAGCCGCCGUCGAUUCUCCUCCUUUUAGAUACCAACCAAGUCAAGUUCGCUUCGACGGGCGUGACGCUCUCAUCAAUAUCGUUGCCGUAGAGACACAAGCCGGCUUCCAAACGAAGCGAGUCCCGAGCGCCCAAGCCUGCAAGUUUCACAUCCUGGUUUUGCAGUAAAGCGUUUGUAACUACGUCUGCUUUCAGAGCCGGUAUGGAUAUCUCCACGCCGUCUUCCCCAGUGUAACCGCACCUCGUGAUCCUGCAUUCAGCGCCGACUACGAAACCCUCCACGGAUGUCAUGAAAGUCAAGUCGUUCAACGGUAUCUUUGUCAAAGUUUGAACAGCGGAAACUGCUUUCGGGCCCUGAACAGCUAUAAGAGCUCUCUGGUUGACGUUCCAAAAUUCUACUUCCACAUCUUUACCUCGCUUACGGAACACUUCGGAAGUAUCUCUCAUGUGUUCUUUGUCCACAUCCAAUCUACCGGCGUUGGACACUAUGUACAGAGUUUCCUCAUUGACUUUAGUGACGAUCAGGUCGUCUAUAAUUCCUCCUUUAUCGUUUAGGAACACGGUAAGUGCACUUGAACCGUUGCUCAUGCCUCUCAAGUCGACAGGCGUGAUGGACUCGAACCAAGCGAUGCAAUCUUUACCCCUCACGUUUGUCUGCAGCAUAUGGGAUACGUCGAAUAUGGAUGCGCUGCUCCUUGUGAACAAAUGCGACGCAGACACACUCAUGUCGGAAUAUUGAACCGGAAGCAAAAAUCCGGCGAAAUCUACCAAUUUACCACCAUUUUUAACGUGCAGAUCGUAUAGAGGCGUUUUAACAGCAGCUUUAGCACUUUCACUGUAACGGCGCAGCACAAAACUCUUAUUUGAAAAACUUAGAUUGGAAUUCAGAAACCUGGUCAAACUUUUCGAAGUCAUUUUGAAACCUAUUGUCUAGUGGCGCAGAAUAGAGAGAACUGAAUUACUUUGUCAGUACUUAUCGCUUUCAUGUAUUGGGGGUCGCGGGUCAUUCGCUACCGCACAGAUAACUAAUGAUGUUGUAUUGGAAUCAUUUGAGUAUAUGUAAAUGUAUAAAUAGUCUGUCAUCAGCUUAUCCAUUGAUUUUGUUUACAUUAAUG